AUGGGACUCGAGUCGCUGACCGAAUCCGCCCAGCCACGCGCCACGCGACCGGCCAAGAAGCGCGCGGCCCCCACGUACACGCGGCCCAGCCGCCAGAAGCAGACGGUCGUGUUCGACGAGGACGCGCGCCGCGAGUACCUCACAGGCUUCAGCAAGCGCAAAACGCAGCGCCGACAGGCUGCGCAUGCACACGUCCAGCACCUCAUCCGCGACGAAAUUCGGCAGGCGCGACUCGCCGCCGCAGAGGCACGCAAGCGGCAGGCGGCCGAGAAUGUGCGCGCGGAACAGCUCGCGUAUGGCGCGGCGGACGAUCGUGCGCCGCAGGACGACGACGACGACGACGACCAGGAGGAGAUGGAGCGCGACUUUGAGUCAGACGAGCACCGCGCACACGUCACCGUGCAGACGCUCGAGCUCGACGAGGACGCGCCGCGCCCAGCGCCUCGCGCCGCUCCCGCACCGCCGCCGCCGCCGCCGCGCAAAACGACGGCGCCCCCGACCGUCGCGGCGCCCUCCGGCUCCCUCACGGGCAUUCUCGAGCCGGACGUCGCGCACGCAGCCAUGUCCGAUCACGUCUUUCCUACAGUCGCCGCCCGCACAGAGCGCGAGCGGCCCACUACAUACACGUCCAAGGCCGAGCGCAUGCAGGAGCGGCAGCGGCAGCGCGCCCGGCACCAUGCUCAGGCCGAGAAGCGCCGCGCGCAACAACGCGCUCAGCACACUUCGAAAAAGACCAAAACGACCAAGCCCAGGCGGUCAUAG